AUGGUGGCGCUCUGCGGCGCGUCUGCCGGGAGCCCUCCCAUCGACGCCAAAGCCGACAAGGCGUCUAGCAAGAGGCGCAAGCGAACGAGUCACUCGGUCGUCUGCUGGGGCUAUGAGAUCUCGCGGAAUCCGAAUGCAUGCGAACGUCUCGUCGUCUCCAUCAACGGCGGGGCCUUUCGCGAGCAUUUCUGCAGCGCCUGCAGGUCGGGGGGCGUACACAUCGAGUCUUCGCGCAUCUACAUGGCCCCUCGCGAGCGCAGCCUGAAGAAUGCGCACACGACCGGCGCGUGGAACGAAUGCACGCAAAACUUGACGUUGCCGCCGUGGCCGCCGUGGCGGGUCGUGAAUCAAACCUCAGACUGCUCCGGGCCUCCGCUGGUCGUUUUGCGGGACGAGGCGCUGGGCGCGCUGCCCGGCCUCGUACCGCUCUCGCCCAUUGCCGGCGCUGUCGCUGGCACCGUCUUGGUCGAGUUCCGCGUCGGAAGGACACUCACACCGGUGUUGCCGCUGCCAGCAACCGCAUUUGUUCCGGCACAGGCCGCAGUCGCUCGGCCGCCGCCCGACUCACCAGCGUUUGCAAACGCUCUCGUCUUGGAGCCCGCUCUUCCGGUGCCCCCGGCGCAGGGGGCGCGGGCCGUGACCGGCUGGCCGCUCAACGACUUUGUCGACGCGCUCUCGCUCGAGAUUGGGGAGAUGGCCGCGCUGCGCAGCUUCUUUGAGGUCGACCCCCGCCACGCAGGGGGUGGCGGCGGCGGAGCGCCGCCGCACGCGUGUCCGCCGCCGCACGCGUGUCCGCCGCCGCACGCGUGUCCGCCGCCGCACGACGCGUACACGGGCCGGGAGAUGUUCGCGCCACCGACGCACACGGCGCCAGGCUGCCCGUCGAGCCAGCUCGCCCGCGCCUCCUCCGGGUGGCUAUACGACGCCAGCCUGUCGGACACGCCGUCUCCCCAGCUCUACUCUGCGCCUCCGUCGCCUCCGCCGCCUCGGUCCGACGGCCUGGAUCCCCCCGCGGGCUCGGCGGCGGCUCAGGCUGGCGAUUGGACGAUCCCCGGGAUCAUGAUCAGGCAGGUGUGGCUAUGUUUGUCCACUGCACUGGCGACCGCCCAGCUGGCGCGCUGGUCUGAUGUUGUCGCGCGCGGAGAGGUGUCCGCCGUGCGCUGGGCGCUAACGAUCAACAUCGUCGCGAUACUCGCGCUCAGCGCUGCAUACGCGGCUCUGCACUUCGCCGGCCGGAAGCGGGCCGCUUCGGCGGCCAUUAGCGCCGGCACGCUCGCUCUAGAGGGCAUACGGACCGGUUCGGUCCUCGCCCUCUCGGCCCACGAUGUGGUGUUCGUCGUGGGACAGCUCGAGAGGAGGUGGCGGAUACGGUCCCUGGCUAAUCUUGGCCACGGGGCCAUCCUCGGCUCUGACCCCAUGCCGCGCGGCCGCCUCUGCCGCCUUCUCGCCGCCACGCUCCUGCUCAAGGCUGCCCGGUACGGGCUCGUGUACCACCAGACGGCUCUGAUAAAGGCGCCGGCGUCGGAGGUCCUCGCAUUCCUGCUCGGCACCUUGCUCGCGCUCCCUGGCUCGCGGGUCCCGCGGAUUGGAAGCGUGUCCUCGCUCCUGGCCGGGUCCAAGGCUGGGGCCGCAAAGACGGCGCGGCGUGCGCAGUCGACCCCCUUCCAGGUCUCGCUCGCCGUCCUGGCGGCGCUCGCCACGCUCGCCAUCCAGCUGACUCUGUACCACGACGAGAUCAACCCGGCCAUAGCGACCGUCACUCUCGGGAUGGCGGGCAUCGCCUUCUCGCACCUCAAGUUUGGGCCGCCCUUCACGGCCGCCGCCGUCGCGACGCUCUGCACCGCCGCCGCGUCGGCCUUCCUCGUCGGCUCGCUCUGUCGCACCUCGGCGCAGCUCAAGCACGACUUGGACGCCAUUUCAGACGGCUGGCUCUUCACCGCUUUCGCCUCGGCCAGCCUCGGCGCGCGCCCCCGGCGCGUGCAGCGGCGGAGAGCGCUUCUCGCUGCCGCCUCCUUCCCGCUUCUCCUGAUGAGCGGCGCGAGGAUCAGGCACGCGCGCACGGGCGACGAGCGCGAGCUCGGGCUCCCCUUUGACCAUGCCGUCAUCCCCUUCUCUUCCGCCUUUGGCGCCAUGCUCCUCUCUAGCCCGAUCGAGCCGUCUCUGCCGCGUGUCGUCUCUGCCGAGGCGCUUCUCGGCGCCACACGCGUCGUGUGA